AGGCAGGGUCACCAGGACUCCUGCGGCACAAACUGCCCCCAGACAGCAGGGGGACCUGUGGGCUGGAUUCUUGGGUCCCUGCAUAGCGCUCCAGCCUGGACUUUGCCUCUGGGCUGCCUGAGCCCCACCCUGCAUCCCAGGCCUUCCCUGGAACACCCAGGACCACAGCCCAGGGAGCUGGGAGAGAGCCCACCAUGUGGGGCUACCUGACCCUGCUGCCUGCCUUCCUGGCCGUCUGGGCUACCACUGGGAUCUGGAUUGUUUUUGCCAUUGCAGUGGCCAACAGGACUGUGAACCUCAGCGAAGGCUUUCCCUACAUCAGUCUCUGUGGAUCUUACCCCCCUCAGAGCUGCAUCUUCGGCCAGUUGCUCAACGUGGGAGCUGCCAUGGCCGCCUGGAUCUGCAUUCUCCGUUACCACCAGUUCCGGGACUGGGGGGUCGGCAGGUGGCCUAACCAGCUGAUCCUGUGGACGGGUCUCCUCGCUGCCCUGGGCACCUCCGUGGUGGGCAAUUUCCAGGAAAAGAACCAGAAGCCCACACACCUGGCAGGAGCCUUCCUUGCCUUCAUCCUGGGCAACCUCUACUUCUGGCUGCAGCUCCUUCUCCAGUGGUGGAUGAAGAGCCUGCCCCGGCCUGGGGGCCCCUGGAUGGGCCCACUCCGCCUGGGCCUCUGCUGUCUCUGCACCGUUCUCAUCAUGGCCAUGAUCGUCCUCCACUCCCAGCAGCUGCGUUCCGCCUCUGCCAUCUGUGAGUGGGCCACGGCCAUGCUGCUAUUCGGGCUCUUUGGACUCCUGUCCGUUGACUUCUCUGGCCUGGGUGGCUGCACGCUGUGUCUUCAGCCGCCGCUGGCCUCCCCCGUCUCCCUGCCUGUCCAGCUGUCGCAGGAGUCCUGAGCCGGGUCUCAUGUCACCAGUGGAAGAAGAAGAUGGGGCCAAUGCUUGUUCCCCCAACAUCCCCAGGAUGAACUACUGGGGAUCUCUGACUGGCCGGGAGCAGGAGACGCUGACCGUCCCCAUUCUGGAGCCUAGGGGACGUGUGUGCGGGCGUGGAGGGCCUCAGCACAGCUGGUCGCAGGCUGCACCUCUGCGCCUGCCUGUCCCCGCCAUCCGGCCCUGACCGUGUGACGGGAGCAGCCAGGAAGCAAGAGGCCAAGGUCAACCAGCGUCCCUGAUCAAGGCUAUUUAUUAUUAU